AUCCUAGUUUUUAUAUGGUCCUUACCGUCCCCCCUCCUUCGCUAUUCUGUACUUACACUCUACCUAAUCCAACCUAAUAAACGUUUAAUUUUACACAAAAGCUACCUGAACACAUUUCUACUCUUCCAACCUAGCUAGCUCACUCAUAAGUUGUCCUGCUCUUACAGAAUCACCACACAACCCGAAUCAAACCAAACAAAACAGAGAAAUGUCCUUCCAACUCUUCACAGCUCUCCCAGCAGAGCUACGGCUGGAGGUAUGGAGACUUAGCUUUCAACCUCGCGCUGUAGAAGUCAGAUAUCAGCCAGAGACUGAUGAGUGUCGGACAAUCACCCACCCACCCGCUGUCCUACAAGUCUGCCGGGAAUCCAGAGAGGAAGCGCUCCGGUUUUACCAUAAAUGCUUUGGCACCAAGUCCCAAGAACCACUCAUAUACUUCAACUCCUCCAUCGACAUUCUGUACAUCCCGAGGCAUCGACCAAUGGGCUACGACGACACCUCUAGAGACUUUGCGGAAUGCAUUCUAGAUACAGCAGAACACGUCAAGAUGCUUGCAGUCGACCACGUCUUACCAGAUGUCAAGCGUCCAUGGGAAACGUACAACAAGCUCUGCUUAAUGCUGGGCCUGCCAAAUCUCAAAGAGGCUUACAUGAUUAUCUCAACGGAAUCCGACGAUGGCGAGUCAGGAGCGGGCAUGGAGAUUGAGAUCAUCGACCCCAAGGAGGAUCAAGAGGCCAUCCUAAAGGUCAUGAAAGACAUCGAGGAGACAUACUCUCACGAACUUGGCGAGAUUCAAUGGGAGCAAGAGGCUCAAGAGGCUUUCGAGGAUGACACUGCCCAAGAAGAAGGUUCGUUAUCCGGAGAGCAUAACCACUCACACCACCACCACCACCACUUGUCUUAUCCACCAAUUGUACCCAAGGCCAAAAUCUCGCAUGGCUGGGAGAAACAUGGAAGCAUGGUCAGGUGCAUCUGAGACAGACCCUCGUGCGCCGAAUUGUUAUAGAGGAAGGGCUUUUUCUCAUGAGAUAGCCUUUUAGGGCGGCUUACUAUGAAGUGAUGUCCUGGUAAUCGGAUGAAUAAUGAUGGAUGGGCGGUAACGGAAAAGAAAGAAAUGUAUCUUGUAUGAAAUUCAUGUUCGUGCAUUUUGGAGUUCAGGUUGAAACUAGAACUAGAGAAACUUUGACACUAGCCUAGAUAAUUAUAGACUUGCAUCAACUUUUGAAAGAG